UAUGACUGCACAAUUUGAGUAAAGUGGUGAGAAAAGGAUAAAAGUAGGCCAAUAUAAUUUUUUUUUUUUUCUUUUGAAUAAAUAAAAGUAGGCCAACAUUAUGAAAGGAUCUUUUUGAAAGAUUAAAUCAUGCAAAUUUUAAUUUUAUAACCUAGAAUUGAGACAAUAUGACAAUUAAUUUUGAAUAGAGAGUUUUCGUAGCAUAAUUGGUUAAGCAUUUCUCGAUUCAAAACUAUUCCACGAAAACGAAAAGUAAAAGCUGAAGAUAAACAAAAGCAAAAGGUGCCCAAGUAAAAGAAUUUGCACCAAAAACCAAAGCACAAAAAUGUUUGUUAUUGAAACACUGAAAGAAGUUUAGUGUAAGAGUAUAUAGUUCCUCUCUCUUUUCAAGAUCUUAAAUGGGUUCAUAUUUCCAGAUUCUGGCUUUACUUCUUCUCUCUUUACCAUGUAUAUACUCCCAAGUAACAGAGUUUACCAGUAUAGAUUGUGGAGGAGAUGGUAAUUACAGUGACAAAAAAACUGGGUUAGCAUGGAUUUCAGACAAUGGAAUUAUGAAUCAUGGAAAAACAGUAGAUAUUCAGAGCUCAAAUGAUGAAUGGGAACCCUACAAAAAGAGAAGGGAUUUCCCAACAGAUGACAGGAAAUACUGUUAUACAUUAGACACAAAAGAAAGGAGAAGGUACCUUGUAAGGGCAACAUUCCUAUAUGGAAGCACAGAAACUGCUGACACAUACCCCAGCUUUCUGUUAUACUUGGAUGCAACUAAGUGGGCAACUGUAACGGUGUUCGACGGAUCGAGAACGUAUGUUAAAGAGAUGAUCAUCAGAGCACCUUCAAGCUCCAUUGAUGUCUGUCUUUGCUGUGCAACUACAGGGUCUCCCUUUAUCUCUACUCUGGAGCUUCGACCACUGAAUCUCUCAAUGUACGCCACGGAUUAUGAGGACAACUUCUACAUGAAGGUUGCUGCUAGGGUGAACUUUGGAGCUCCUACGAAAGAUCCCAUAAGGUACCCGGAUGAUCCAUUUGAUAGAGUAUGGGAAUCAGACCAAGUUAAAAGGCCAAAUUUUCUAGUAGGAGUAGCUCCAGGAACAGAAAGAAUCGAUACAACGAAGAACAUAGAAGUUAAUAACAGAGAGUAUCCACCAGUUAAAGUGAUGCAGACUGCGGUUGUUGGUACACAAGGGUACCUAACCUACCGGCUGACCCUGGAGGAUUUUCCAGGCAAUGCUAGAGCUUUUGCAUAUUUUGCAGAGAUAGAAAAUCUGAGAUCGAAUGAGACUCGGAAAUUCAGAAUGGAGCAUCCUUAUGUACCUGAUUACAGCAAUGCAGUUGUGAAUAUAGCAGAGAAUGCUAAUGGAACCUACAAGCUUUAUGAACCUAGCUACAUGAAUGUGACUCUGGAUUUUGUUCUGUCGUUUUCGUUUGUAAAGACACCAGACUCAACAGAAGGUCCGCUCUUGAGUGCAAUUGAGAUCAGCAAAUAUGUUCAGAUUGGUUCAAAAGCUGAUGCUCAAGAUGUGAUUGCACUUAAUGCCAUUCAAGCCAUGCUGCCUGCUGAACCGGGUAAACAAGAUAAAGGGGAUCCUUGCACUCCAACACAAUGGGAAUGGGUAAUCUGCAGCUCAACUUCACUACGACAAAUUACUGCAAUACAUUUAUCACAGAGAAAUCUGACAGGGGUUAUACCACCUGAGAUUCAGAAUAUGGAUGCACUGACAGAAUUGUGGUUGGAUGGUAACUCCCUCACUGGACCCAUCCCUGAUAUCAGUAGCCUCCUCAACUUAAAAAUUGUGCAUUUAGAGAACAACAGACUCAAUGGAUCUCUACCCUCUUAUCUAAGUAGCUUACCGAGUUUACAGGAGCUGUACAUUCAGAACAACUACUUCAGUGGUAAAAUACCUCCGGCAUUACUAAGCAAGAAAAUUAAUUUCAACUACAACGGAAAUUCUGGGUUAACAAAAGGAAUGCAACUAGGGACAAAAGUGAAGCUGGCUGUAGGAAUUUCAGUGGCAACAUUGGUAGCUUUAAUAAUCCUAGUAAUUUGCUUAUUACUGCGGAAAUUCAAAAGAAAGGCAUCUCAGCAAAAUAGUUAUAAAGUAGGGGGCUCCUUGCAUGCAAUUACCAAGCCUCAGAACCGCCAUAACCUCACACGAGGGGCGCAUCUAAUGGAUGACGGUGUAGCUUGUUGCAUUAAGCUGUCUGAAAUAGAAGCUGCCACUAUGAAAUUUACCAAGAACAUUGGAAGAGGAAGCUUUGGAGUUGUCUAUUAUGGUAGGAUGAAGGAUGGCAAGGAGGUUGCAGUUAAAAUCAUAGGUGACCCAACAAGCCAGGGAACCAAACAAUUUUUAACCGAGGUUUCCCUGUUAUCAAGAAUUCAUCACAGAAAUUUGGUUCCUCUUAUUGGAUAUUGUGAAGAAGCAAACCAUAGAAUUUUGGUCUACGAAUACAUGCAUAAUGGGACCCUGCGAGACCACAUACACGAUCCUAUCAAACAGAGACAGCUAGAUUGGCUAACUCGUUUGCGCAUUGCAGAAGAUGCAGCUAAAGGCCUUGAAUACUUGCACACUGGAUGCAGUCCUAGUAUCAUUCACCGAGAUGUAAAAACUAGCAACAUCCUCUUAGAUAUAAAUAUGAGGGCUAAAGUAGCAGACUUUGGCCUUUCAAGACAAGCUGAAGAAGAUCUCACUCACAUAUCAAGCGUAGCUAAAGGAACAGUAGGAUAUCUAGACCCAGAGUACUAUGCAUGUCAGCAGCUCACUGAGAAAAGCGAUGUAUAUAGUUUUGGUAUUGUUCUCUUGGAACUGAUAGCUGGAAGAAAGCCCAUCACAGAAGAUUACGGGACUGACUGGAAUAUAGUACACUGGGCAAGAUCAUUAAUCCGUAAGGGGGAUGUUGGAAGCAUGAUUGAUCCUUUGCUAGCAGACAGCGUAAAGCUAGAGUCUGCUUGGCGAGUGGCUGAAGUAGCCAUACAAUGUAUCGAACAACACGGAACCUCAAGGCCUAAAAUGCAGGAAAUUAUCAUGGCUAUACAAGAUGCAGUGAUGUUAGAGAAAGGAGCAGAAAACAACCAGAAUAUUUCUUCAGGUAGUGGAAGAGCACAAUCUUCAAGAAAAACAUUGCUGACAAGCUUCCUUGAGAUAGAGAGUCCAGAUUUGUCAAAUGCUCGUUUAACCCCAUCUGCAAGAUAAGCAUGUAAGAUAAUUCAUGUUACCCAUACAAAUGUAGCAUAACAUUGCAUAAUCAUGUGUUGUACAAAAUUACUUCAUCUAAUUAGUUAAGGUGAUAAAGUUUGAAUUUUGGGCAUGUCCAUUCAAAUUCCUAUUACACUCUUUGCACCACAGACUUUUGUCCGUUAGAAAUUACAAAUGAUUAAUACAAAUAAAAUAGAAUACAACGAGACUAAUCUU